AUGACCAUUUAUCUUCAGCAGGGCAUCCUGCCUGCCGAUCCUGAAGAAGCUAGAUUGAUCAGGAGAAGAGCUCAUGUCUACACUCUGAUCGGGGAUCAACUGUACAAGCGAACAUUUUUCAGACCAUUGCUCAAAUAUUUAGGUACGGAUGAGGCGGAGUAUGCCUUGCAAGAAGUACAUCAGGGAUGCUACAGUAACCACGUUGGAGGAAGGAUGCUGGCUCGAAAAAUAUUGCUGCCAGGUAUUUUUGGCCCACUUUGCAGAGAGAUGCUCAGCGAUUGGAUUGUUACUAAUGGCACCAGGUUAGAGACAAUUCUUACUCGUAGCAGUGGACUACUUUUCCAAAUGGAUACUGGAAGACAGUUCCAAGGACGCAAGAUCCAGGAAUGGUGUCGAGGAUUUGGAAUAACUCAGUCCUUUACGUUUGUGGCUUAUCCUCAAAGUAAUGGGCAGACGGAGGUCGCUAAUAGAGAGAUAGUGCGGGGGUUGAAGGUCAAGCUGGAUCAUGUAGGCGACGAUUAG